AUGCCCGCCAUGUUGCGUUCAGAAAGCCCUGAGCUUCUCUCCCCAGCCAACUAUGAUGGCGAUGCGGCCUCACUACUCUCCCCCUCCGAGCAAGACUCCGAUUCUGAGGACGAUGAGUUCCUUCGUCAUCCCCGCAGCACCCUAGAGCUCGCCAAUCACGACCGAGGCGUUCUCGACGACGAAGAUGAGUUGGAGAAGCUGUUGACCAGACGCGGUCCAACUCAUGGGUUACGCAGGAUGUUCAGCCCGAACGGGAGCAGUGUGCGGAUUGGGAAAAAAGAACGGCGACGAGCGCGAAAGGAGGCACGACUAUCGCGUCGAGCGAGGGUCAGCGAGGAAGGGGAGUUGAUGUAUGAGAUGGAAGAAGGGCUUGGUGACGAUGAAUCAGUGAUGAGCGGGUCUUCAAUAGAUCUGAGUGAAGAUGACUACAUCUAUGAGCCGCCAUCACAACUAUCUUGCCUUAAAUGUCUAUUGAUAGUCGCUCUUGUUCUUGUCCUGUUCCUUAUCCUCGUCCUCGGCGCCUACAAAGCCUCCACGGGUUUCCGAGCUGUCCAUGCACUCUCGGUCUCGAAACCACUACUGUCCAACGGCACCGCACUUUUUGCCCCCACGACUAUCCUCAUUUCCUUGGAUGGAUUUCGAGCGGAUUUUCUCGAUCGCGGUCUGACUCCAGCGCUCAGCUCACUGGUGGCCGACGGCAUCUCGCCGCAAUACAUGAACCCUAGCUUUCCCAGCGUGACCUUCCCGAAUCAUUUUACACUUGUCACUGGGCUGUAUCCUGAAAGCCAUGGUAUUGUCGGCAAUACAUUUUGGGAUCCUGAGCUGGAGGAAGAGUUCUACUAUACGCACCCAUCAGUCAGUAUGCUGCCCAAAUGGUGGAAUGCUGAACCGCUAUGGGUGACAGCUGAGAAGAGAGGCGUGAAAAGUGGCAUUCACAUGUGGCCCGGAUCAGAGGCUCACAUCGGAACCCCAGAGCCAACCUAUGUGGAUAGGUAUAACGGCUCUGAGGCUCUGUCCCGCAAGGUCAAUCGUGUUUUGGAGCUACUUGAUCUCCCUGGCGCAGAGGACGGGUCGCAAUUGUCACCAGCGCGACCCCAGUUCAUUGCAGCUUAUGUUCCGGACGUUGACCGAGAUGGUCACAACUACGGGCCUAACAGCACUGAAGUUAGAACCACUAUAUCUCAGGCUGAUGCGGUGGUGGGGGGUAUCGUUGCAGGUCUCAGGAGCCGCAAUCUCACAGACGUGGUCAACGUCGUCGUUGUCUCGGAUCACGGCAUGGCCACGACUUCCAACGAACGCCUCGUUCAGCUUGAGGAUAUCAUUGAUCUUGAUCUUGUGGCUCACCUAGACGGGUGGCCAUCCCGCGGCAUUCGCCCUAAGCGCCCAGAAGAUCUAGCGACCCUGCAAUCUCAGCUAGAGAAAGUGGCACCCGGUUACGCGCAUGCCUUUGAGUACUACACCAAGGAGACUAUGCCUGCACGCUACCACUUCACGAAUAAUGACCGCAUUGCUCCGCUGUGGAUAAUCCCAAAAACUGGGUGGGCGAUUGUGGAACGCCCCGAGUUUGAUGCGGCUGAGGCUCUGAAGACUGGGGAAAUAUAUCACCCAAAGGGCAUUCAUGGUUAUGAUCACCAACACCCGCUUAUGCGCGCCAUUUUUGUUGCGCGUGGUCCGGCUUUUCCCCACACUCCAAACAGCCGCCUUGAUGCAUUCCAAAAUAUUGAAGUGUAUAACAUUGUCUGUGAUUCUCUGGGCAUUGAGCCCCUUCCGAACAACGGCACCCUCCGUCUUCCUCUUCACCCAAUCGGGCUUCAUUCGGAUGAGAAUGCACCCCCUGUGGAACGCCCAUCUGAUCCACCCGAAGCAGCUUCGCCGACGGUCAUUCUACCAGAGCCUACGAGUCCCAAAUUGGAUGCCCCAAUUGAGGCACCGCCUGCAACGGGAACCAGCAGCCACGAUGAGAACAAAGGUUCGUGGUGGGGUUCGUUAGUGGGCAAACUGGAAGAGUGGAAAGAGUGGGCAGGGGAAUUGAUCUCGGCUGAGAAAGACAACCACCCGCAACGCGCGUAA